AUGCCGGUCACUUCUAACGCAUCCGCCUUUACCUCGGCCACCGCCUCGCCAAUGGAAGCUCAGGAUCCAGAAGACCUUCCGAUCGAAUUGAAGAUACCGUUGCCACCAUCCAGUGUUGACUCAGAUGAAGAGGUGGAUACCGAGGCCAAGGCGCAAGCAGGAGCGCUGGACCCGAAAAAUGUACCUGUCACUAAGGAGGACGUACGCCCAGAAGACACGGAACUCAUACCAAAAGGGCCAUUAGCAAAUACAAAAGGUGGACUACAGCCGGCAGAGGCCCCUAUACCAUCCCUUAUAUCUUUGGAGGAACUUGCCCAUCUGGUGGAUUUGGAGAGGUAUCAAACAUCCCGGACCUUUUCCAUCGAGGCCGAUAUGGACCGUCUCAGCCUAGCGUGCGGACUUGACCGGAGGUUGAUCAGCACGUUCUCUGUCGCAUAUGGUAACUUGAUCGAUCAGUAUAAGACCGACGACCAAGCUGGGUUUGCAGGUCUGUAUGAGGCCUGUGAGCAACUCAAGGCAUCCUGCGACACGGCUGGAGAUGCCUCAAAUCCUGCCGGCCCAGAUCUUGGAAAGGGUGCUUUACAUCCCGAGGACUUGGAGAGGCGGUCUUGUGUCCAAAUGCUGCCACCAGAGGACCAGGGCAUCCUCGUCGCAUUCCUCACCUGGAUCAGGACGGAGCCAAGUUUUCUGUCUGACCGGAUAUCCAGCAUGUCCCCAUCGGAGCUCACGGCCCUGACUUCAUCAUACCACCCUGCGGGCAUUGACUUCUCGGUUCUAACGAACCAUUCUCACGGAAAGACCCAAUUUUAUAGCCGGGAUAGCCAGAUGAUGAAGCUUUCCCGGAGGAUGGACAACCUUCAUCGAUUCCAUAACCAGGACCCUUUGUUUGCACUCCUAUAUGGUGUUUUUGAUUCCUCUUCGCGGCCUGGCUCUUCUGAGCAUUUUCGACGGACAGACAUAUGGUCUACAAUCUGUGCCAGAAAUUUCACCGAAGGAUUCGCCGUGGCCAAGCCAGGCAGCGAUGAACUUGUCAUAGCUACUGUUGACGCCUUUGCCAAUUUCCAGGACUGGCGCAUGAAACCAAUGAUAGAGACGUACCUGAUGAAGAUACUAGCCGAAGGAUCUUUCCUCCUGGACCCAGAAGCCAGCCAGGCAUCGAGUUACAAUGAUCCUAUAGAAAUGCACAACGCCAAGGCUGCAGUAACGGAGGCUGACUUUUUUGAUAAGGCGCUUAUAGACCUGUUUGGGCUGCUUACCACAGAACCACAUCAUCAGGCCAUCCCUGAGAGUGCUUUAAUCUUUGUCCACGCUAUUUUACGCAAGAUCGAAGACCGGAAGCUUAGACUUCGGGCAAAGCAUUUCCUUGUUUGUAGGUGGUACUUUGCAACAUUCAUAUCCAGCAUCGUUGUCUACCCCGAGGUACGAGGUCUUAUGAUGACACACUAUAUUGGUGGCACUGUUCGGGAGAUGAUCCUGCAAAGGCUCGUUGUUCAGAUGCAGCAGCGCGUCUUCGACGUGACACUUCAAUGCAACAAUGGAGCCCUUGUGAAGCCCGAGGUGCGAGACGGGAUCAUGGCUAUCUUCCGAUGCUUUGAGCCCCCCCUUGAUGAUCCAAGGCCUCCCUUCCAGGCCCCGGAAGGGGAUGAGAACUUCUCAACACGGUUCCUGAUGCUAAGUCCUUUGGACAUCAUUGGCUUAAUUCAAACACUCUAUCCAGAUAGGCCACUUGUUCCGGGCACCAAAGACUCUCGGGAGAUGGAUAUCCCUCCUCCAUCUACCGCUGGAUCCUCAACACUCAACGCUAGCACGAGCGAUGCGGGCAGUGCUUUGGCGUCGUCUUUCGCGCCGAGUACCAGUGGGACUUCAACGACCAGCAGAACAUUUGUCAGCGAAACCUUGACGGAUGAUGUACCUACCGGGAAGGAGGACACCCAAGAAUCCUCCGAAGUGGAACAUGGGAAGGGACCAACUAAAAGCACGGAUCCUCUGAAGCCGGAGCUCCCUUUCCUCUUGAACAACAUCUACCGAAGGUUGACAACCUUGCUAGGACCUGGCGGCGCCUCAGACUCGGUUUCUUCGGACACUGCAUGGGCUUUCAUAUACUAUUCGGGCGAUGGGACCACGCUUACUUUGAGUCCCACGCCAUUGAGAAUCGGCAGGGAUUCUGAGGCUAUGGACCUGACAGGAGACUUCGAGGUCCUGAAAACAGGCAUUGUCAAGCUGUUGGGCCAAAACGAUAGAUCGGAUUUCCGUAAUCUGGAGGCUCCUGUCAGAGUAGAAUGCACACGUGCUUCAGACCAAUCUGACCCGCUUAUUGAUCUCAUAAAGGCAUCCCUGGAUAGAGCCCGGUCUGGUCUGGACUUUGGUACAGCCCAUUUCUGGUGGCAGACUUUGAGCAUCUACCGCAAAUUUCUUUCCUCUACUAAAUCACCAACAGCGUAUUCCUCUCUCCUCCAUGAUAUCGCAGACGAUCUUCGGAGGAAUCUAGAAGCUGCCACCCACGCGGGCAAAGCUGGCGAGGUUCGGCUACGCUCUCUAGACAAGCGGCGAAGACAACAAAGAUCUGUCUUAGCCAAAAUGGAAGAGCAGCGAAAAGCCUUGCGGGUCAAGAUGUGGUACUCGUCGGACGUUAGGCACUCAGCGACGUACGAAGAAGCUUUGCAUGUCACACGCGCCUUGCGAGCCAUGGCAAGCUCGAAGCGUGCGAAAACCCCUACCAGUACAGCCAAUUGGGCCCGCCAACGACUUCGAGGAUCUGGUACUUUCACUAGACCCGAAGCUCAAACCUUGGAAGCUCUUUCGGCCCCAAAGGACUACGGUGGCAAAUCGAAGCUCGCCGAUGAGCAGGUGGAACUCACGUCCAGGUGGCUUACCCGCAGGAGUAUCGAGAAUUUCUGCAAAGGGGAAGAAAGGAUCCACCGAUUCUGCUUUGAGAUUCAGAAAUCUAUUGGUAAGAUAGCGGGUCCCAGCCCGUUUAAAAACCCGGUUUUGUGGUCUAGCAACCUUUUCAGGCGUGAAAAAGCCAGCUUUGACGCACAGCGCUUGAUCUCCAAUGCACAUACAUCAUCGUACAUGGGCCCUCCUACUUCCCCAACUCCGUAUGAGAAUAGCCGUCUAAACUCUGCAGCACUGCAUCCGUCAGAUCCUCCUGUCAAAGCAUUCGGCAGUCCCAAGGUCAAACCUGCGUCGAGCAGCUUCGGUGGUUUUUGGAACGCUACCCAAUCCUCUCCUGCUUUUACGGGACUUGGAUUACACGGCAUCCACCCGCUUCUGCCUCCCACCCCGACGUCCCCUCCGAGGUCUUGGUCGAGUAAUCCUUUCAGCUCCGCAUCACCUUUUCAAGGGACUAUGACAUCUCCUUCUAAUUCAUUCUUUGGAGAUAGGACCUCCCAAGCCAACAACGGAGCAGAGUUCUCACCUGCGAAAGUGGCCUUCGCUGACAACAUCAAGACGAGUCUUCGCAGCCUUUUGAUUAGUGACCUUGGUUACCCGCUAUGGAAUCAAGGUACUGAGACAGACGCCUGGGUCAAUGACUGCAUCGCCAACCAGAGUGGUUACGGAGCGUUUGGAAAGACAUCAAGAUCUGAAGCAGCGACAGAAGCAGUUGGCAAAGACAAGAUUGCCGAGGUCACCUCUCCUCAGGAUGGAUCGUCGAACAUUACUAACUCCGUGAACCUGCACCAGGGGGGAGAGGAUACUAGCCUUGUUGGUUCGCCCGAAGAUGAGAGUAGCUCUUUUCCCUUUCCGGAGGCUUACGCAAUGCUGUUGCAGAAGAUUUCGCUCUCUCCCGAUCCUUAUGCGAAGUUGCAAUCUCUUUAUGAGCUCGAAGAUAUGGUUAUCAGAUCGGUGCAGGACUCAUCAACCGUCCAUCAUACUGCCGAUUCUGCAGACCCUAGAACUAGACAGCAACCAUCUCAUGGUGACCUUUAUCUCCGCGGCAGAAGUGUGCCCAGAACCAAGGCUACAAGUCUUGAGGAAGUCAUUGCCAAUUGCACUGAACGUCGAGCUGGGACAUUGAGAGCUAAGGGUCAACAUAGCGGCUUCACUCAGCUAAACCCGCAAUCAAUCUCUACGGUCUCCCAUAUCCCUGCUACCGAUGACAUCGUGAAUACCCUCCUUUCGAUCUUCCGCGACCCAAAGCUACGUCCUACAACUCUGUUCCGCGAUCUCCAGUACAUAGCCGCUUUCAUACCUCCGGAAACCCUGGAUCAAACAGCACAGGGUAAAGCAUUUUGGGAUGCUGGUCUUGCAGCGCUGGCGCUCAAAGAAGACCUUUGCGAUUGUAUGAUCAAUCGUGCGAACCAGAUCACAGCCUACCAUAUAUCGUCUUCGAAAUUAACCGGUCCUCUCACCGACACCACCCUCAUGAAUACCACCCUCCGCGAUGCCGCGAAUAUCUGGCUCAUUACUGCGAAGGAAGGUUCUCCCCCCGCAGCUCGCGAGCUCGGCCUCUUCUAUCUCACCCAUCCUGAACUACUGCCGCGCGUCACAAUGCCCUUCUCCAAAGCGAACGAUGUCUACAAAUCCGUAAUGUCGAUCGACGCGAGGACUGGUGAAAAGGAGAAGGGGGCACUGGAUCGAUCCACCUUUGCUGUUGUAUUCCAUUGGAUGGAGUUUGCUGCCAACGGUGGAGACAAAGAUGCGAGGGAUUUCCUGAAGGGUAAUGGGGAGUUGAGUGGUGGGCGCUGA